AUGCGAGGAACAAGGUCGACUUCAUUCAAGUCUAAGUUCAUGAACACAGCAAAAACGGCUUUAAAUCUAGACGAUGAUGACGAUUUCAUUUCUCCAACUCCAAAUAUGGAAGUUGUACCAGGAUUGCUAAACUAUUAUCUUCUAGAUGUAUACAGUCCAGAAACCAAUAGACUUGUGAUGGAGAAUGGAGUGAUUGAAAUAACAAAAGAGCUAGUGCAUAAGAUAAUGGGUUUACCAAUGGAAGCAGAUGAUUUGAGUAGAAUGCUUUACUAUGAAACCGGUAAUGAUAUUCUGGAAGAAUGA